UGCAUGGAUGAAUUGUGCUGCGUGGGCUCAAAAGCAUCAAAAGUCUGGGGUCACCCAAUGGAUAUUGAUGAGGGUAUAUAAAGUGGUAAAGAUAGUACCAUCCUAGCCCUAGAGAUAUAAACUAUCAAUAAAAAAUGAACAAUUAGAGAUUAGAUGUACAUCGCUUGUCUCCCACUGACCAAACGUUCCGUUUGCCGAUGGGAUAUAAAGGGCGGACAUGCUAUCAUCCCGGUAAUGGGACAAUACUGUAAUUGUAAUGAAAAUAUUUCAUGCUUGUGGGAGUGGGACACUUUCAUUACACUUUGUGGGGGUCAAAUUCUUAAAAUUGUUUUAGUUUAAAAAUACAUAAAAUGUGGAAGUUACUGGUGAGAUGAACUGAUACCCCUUCUCCCAUUCUCCCAUGCUAGCUUCUAUAUAUAGUGGUCAGUGGGUAUGUGUUUCCCCAUAUAUAUUGGUUACUUAGUAGUACCAUUUAGUAGUCUUUUGGCAAUUAAUUAAGUGCACCCUAUAGAUAUGAGUGGGAUUGAUUAUUACAAGCCAGUAAUGGCUAUGAUUGGAAUGCAGCUCACUUAUGCAGGGGUUGCUCUAUCUACCAGAGCUGCUCUCCUUCAAGGAAUGAGCCCCUCAGUGUUUGUUUUCUACAGGCAAGGCAUAGCUAGUUUGGUCAUUGCUCCUAUAGCUUAUUUUGCAAGGAGAUCAGAGAGGUCUUGUUUGGGAUUGAGAAGCUUUUGUUUGAUUUUUUUGGCUUCUUUAGUUGGCGUAGCAAUCAAUCAGAACAUCUAUUUCGAGGGCAUAUACCUGGCCUCAUCGUCGAUGGGAAGUGCACUGUUUAAUCUAGUCCCCGCAAUAACUUUCGUUGCCGCAUUUGUUAUUGGGUUGGAAAAAGUAGAUAUCAGAACCUUGAGAAGUAUUGCAAAGAUCAUAGGGACAGUGUUGUGCGUGGGUGGAGCUGUAUCCAUGGUAUUGCUAAGAGGCCCAAAGUUACUAAACAACUCAGGAGGUGAGAAUUGGCUGGUGGGCUCCUUCUUGCUCUUUGGAAGCAGUUGUUGCUGGUCAUUUUGGAUCAUUUUCCAGGUUCCGGUUUCAGCUAGCUAUCCAGACCACCUAUCUUUAUCCGCUUGGAUGUGUUUCAUGGCAACAUUGCAAUCAGGCACUAUUGCACUCUUCUUAGAGCAUAACCCGGAAGCUUGGAUUUUACAUUCUUAUCUAGAACUUGCUUCUUGUCUCUAUGCAGGGAUUAUAGGAUCAGCAACGAGCUUCUUUGUUCAAGCUUGGUGCAUUUCACGCAGAGGUCCACUGUUCUGUGCUAUGUUCAGCCCUUUAGCCACAGUCAUCGUGACAAUCUUCGCUUCGAUAUUUCUACAUGAAGAGAUCUAUAUUGGCAGCCUGAUAGGUGCAGUUGGCGUGAUCGUUGGGUUAUAUGUUGUGCUGUGGGGAAAAGCUCAAGAGCACAAGGAGCUUAAAACGGACACAGUCUCAAUCUCAAACGACGAUCAAUCAACAAUCGCAGAAAUCUUGGUGGAUGGAUCUUCUAAGAAUAUGGCCUGCACUAGUACUACAGAUUUGGAGAAACCCUUUCUGUUUGUCUGAGAAAUCUACAAGGGUAUGUUUGGAUUAAGGCCUUUUUUGAGGGACUUGGUAAGGCUUUCUGGGAGGGAUUUAUAAAGUAAACGAGAAGAUGAACUAAAAAUUUUCUGAGCUACUCGUUUUUCCCUCUUAUUUUCAUGUACCUAGGAGUAACUUAUUUCAUAAUGGUUUCUAUGGUUGACGGUA